AUGGCGCUGUGCUCGCGGCCGAGGAGCCCCGCAUUCUUGUGGGCGGCGUCGGCAAGUAAGUACCGAUCGAUCUGGGUGCGCUGGCGGAGGGGCGAGCUCCCCGCCGGCGUCUGGAACCCCUUCGUCUUCGAGGACAUGAAGAGGCCGCGCGAGCUGUCCAAGGAGUUCCUCGACUUCCUCGUCGAUGGCACCUGCCGGACGCCCAUCAACUUCGGCAUCCACGUCGGGACGCCGCUGGGCGCGCUGCCCACGGACUACCUGGUCUGGCUCUCCAACGAUUUCCGCUCCGACACGGUGGACUGGCGAUGGUGGCGCGACGUCGCGCGCCAGGCGCUCAAGGAGCGCGCCAGCGUCCACAUCGGCAAGCGCCAGGAGUUCAUCGCGGCGCUCGCGCGCGCGGGCAACGUCGACUACACGCUCGAGCUCCUGCGAUCCGAGGCCAACCAGGUGGAUUCCCCGCCGGGCUACGCCGCGCUGCUGCGCCACUGCGCCCAGCACCGCGCGCUGGAGCAGGGCAUCAAGGUCCACAACCAGCUCGUCGCGGAGGGAUUCGCGAGGAACCCGUUCCUGGCCGAGCUCCUGAUCGAGAUGUACAGCCAGUGCGGCGCCGUGGAUCUAGCGCUCCAGGUGUUCGAGAGCCUGGAGAGGAAGAAGCGCGGCGUGAGCGCCUGGGCGGCCAUGAUCCGGUGCUACGUCGAGAAUGGUGAUCACAAGCGCGCGCUCGAGGCGUACAAGAACAUGGAUCUGGAGGCCGACUCGGAGCUCCUGGUUGUGAUGUUUGAUUGCUGUGCGAGGGCGCGGGCGCUGGCCGAGGGGCGUGUCAUCCACGCGUGCUUGGUCUCGAGCGAGGUCCGCGCGGAUCUAAAGCUCCGGACGGCGAUCUUUGCGUUCUACGCCCAGUGUGGGGAUUUGGAGAUGGCAAGAAAGCUGUUUGUGAAUCUAGAGAAGAAGAGUGCCGAGGCCUGGAACGUGAUGAUCAAGAGCUAUGUAGACGCUGGAAGAAGGGAUAUGGCGAUGGGGGUGUACGAGAAGAUGGAGAAAUCGAGGAGGAGCCGGGAGACGAUUUUGAUCGCUCUAGAUGCCUGCUGUUCGCUGGAGGAGAUUGGAGGGGUUGAGGAGGAUGCCUCUGCGAGCAAGGUGAUCAAGAAGUCGGAUCAUGCCGGUGUCAAGGCGGCCAUCGCAGCUGCCAGGAAGCGAUUGCAGCAGUCUAGUAGAGAUGAUCAAGCGGGCUCGCCUCCUUGCAAUGUGUGCUGA